AUGAUCCUUUGUUUUUGUUUGCUUGCUCGUGCUGGACUCCUGCUGCAUGGAUGCGUUUUCCGACGGCUCGACCACCCCUUCCUGCCCACCAUGUUCGCGGACUUCAACGCCGGCGCGGAUUUCUCGUGCGUCGUCAUGGAGUUCUGCCCCGGCGGCGACCUCCACUCCCUCUACCACCGCAUGCCGGGCCGCCGCUUCCCGCUCUCCUCCGCGCGGUUCUACGCCGCCGAGGUGCUCCUCGCCCUCGAGUACCUGCACAUGAUGGGCAUCGUGUACCGCGACCUCAAGCCGGAGAACGUGCUCAUCCGGGGCGACGGCCACAUCAUGCUCACCGACUUCGACCUGUCGCUCGAGUCCACGACGUCGCCGGCGCUAGAGGACGCGAGGAGCCGCGAUAGGGGGGAGGGCGCGCCGGCGCCAUCGCCGACGUGCCUCCCGAUCCCGGAGCUGCAGCUCGCGGCGGUGGAAGCGCCAGCGCCAGCUCGGGUCGAAGAGCGGCGCUGCCGACGUGAAUGCGCACGCCUUCUUCACGGGCCUCAACAUGUGGCGCUGUUGCGGUCGUCGCCCCCGCCCGUGGUGCCGCCCCCCGCCGCGCUGCACCGGUGCGACGACAAGGCCGCCGACAUGCAGCAGCUGUUCGAACACUUCUGA